CUUGGAGCAACUACAAGUUUGUUGUUCAUUUGAGAUCGUUUGGACGCAAGACGCGCUCAGACGUUGAAGCCAUGCGCCCAACCCCUAGGCGUUUGCCCAGGAGGCUCCCCUUGCCGCGGCUCCGAUCGAAGGUGGCCACAGCUGCCUCCAGGCCCUCGCAGGGUCGCUCUGAGGACGAGGAGCCUCCUUUGGAGGAAGUGAGAUCUCAGUCUCAAGCCUCCAGUGCGAUCGCCUUUAAGCGGAAGGAAGGACCACUCCUAGAAUGGGCCGCCGUACAGGAGUUGGAAGUCCUUGAGGCAAAGCUCCUCGAGGAGGAACAGCUGAAGAGGCUCCACCAACAGAGGCAAGAGCACAUGUCCAUGCUGAAUGCCCAGCGCGAACAGACCUUGCGGGAGCAGGGAGAGAGGCGUGAGCUGUCCAGGAGGUGGCGAAUGGAAGCAGAGGAGGAUGCUCAACGCUUCCACCAGGAAGAGGCGGCCAAGAAGCAACGGACCUUUGAGGUGCGGCGCCAGUUUGACGAGGAGCGCCGACAGCAGAUGGCCCUCGCGAAGAAGACCCAGGAGCAGCGGCAGAAGGCGGAAUUUGAGGAAGGCCAAAAGCAGCUACGUCAAGCCACUGCAGAGCGGGAGAAGGCGGAGCGCUUGGAACAUGAAAGGCGGCUGAAGGAACGCGCCCAGGCUUUGCGGAUGAUCGAUGAAGCUAAGAUCGCACAGGCUGAGAAGGCAAAGAAGCGAGAAGAAGAGUUCAAGAGAGACAUCCUCCUGGCUCAGAGGCAACAGGAGAUGCUGGAGAAGCAGGAAGCAGAUCGAGCAGCGUAUUUUCAGCAGAUGAGGGACAAGCAGUCAAAGAUGCUGGCCGCGUACGAGGCCGGGGUGGGGAAUGAGUUGGAGAAGAAGAUGCGUGAGGACGAAGAGCGUGCAAAGAGGUAUCAGCAGAUAGCGGAAGAGAAGGAGAGGAUGAAGAUGGAGAUGCGAGAGAAGAGGAUGAAGGAAGCCAAGAAAGCAAGCCAUGAAUACAUCCAGAUGCAGCUUCAGGAGCGUCAGCUUCGCAAGCAGCAAGCGCGAGAGGAAGAGCUUCAGCUCUUGGAGCGGUUGAAGGCUCAAGAGGAAGCGCUGAACCAGCGGGAACAGGCAAAGAUAGAAGCAAAGCGCCGUGCUCUGCAGGCCAACGCCGAGAACCUCCGAGAGCAGAUCCGUCUGAAGAAUGAGGAAGUACCUUCACGCUACGCCCGCGAUCAGAUGAACGAGGUGGAGCGGAAAUUCAACAAGGCCAAGCUGGAAAAGGCCCUGAGCGCCCGACAGGAGGUGCUCGGGAAGGCUGAAACUGAGUCCGAGCGAGCUUUGACAGUGAGAUGAGAAGGACCUCCAUCGCCCUCUGACCGGCUAGGCGCCACCUGUCACCGCGAUCAGCUUGCGUCCCAAAUGGGAGCUGUAAAGAUAGCCCGGUGUCGAAAAAGAUCUUCG